AUGGAUUCUACAUAUCCAGAACCAGGAUGCAAAACUUUGUACUUCUUGAUGAACUACUAUCACAGAGAGCUUCUCCAAUCUGUCCAUUCUAUUUUGCAUAUUUUGAACCCCCUCAAAGUAUUGGUAACCUACCAUUAUCAGAAUCACCAGGUGAGAAAAAGACAGCAAGCAGCAGAAGAGGGUCUGAACCAGUCUCUGUGAAAAAGCCAGACAAAACAGAAGAGCUACUAGCACGUUUUGGCACAUAUACACAUGAUCCUUAUCUGCCUCAUUACCUAGAGCAAGUGAAGACUCUAAUGAACAGUUUAGUGAUAAUGAAAGACAGAGAUGUCAAUCAAAUACUGAGGCAACGUGUUAAAAUAUUGGCAACAUUUGUAGCCAAACAGAUGGCUGGAAAAGAUCCAGGACUAGAAUGCACAUACCACUCACAUGAUCUUCAUAUCACUGAAAUUAAACAUUAUCUAGGAAGUAACAUCAUCCCACUAGGCUAUAUUCGUAGUGGCUACUACCUGGAAAGAGCAAUGUUAUUCAAAGUGCUUGCUGAUCGCAUCAGUUUGCCUUGCACCCUUGUUCGUGGGAAUUUUGGUCAUUCUUGGGUAGAAAUUGCAAUGGUAGAGUACUCUGUUUCUCAAGAUGAUACAAAUGAAAUAUGUAAGGUCCCAUCAAGAAUAUGUAAACCAAACUGUGUUGUUGAUCUAAUGAACAAUAUAGGUCAAAUAUGGGUUCUGGGAAGUUCUGAAGCAAACAUUUAUUGUGGAAAAAUACAAUAAAAUAAAAACUGCAAUGAUUUACUUAUGUACUAUAAAACCCAGAGUUGCUUUAAAGUUUUAUAAUUUCAUAUGUUGAUAGCUUGUGUGUGUUCCUGAUGCUGGGGGUGAUGAAGUGUGAUAUUGCUUCUUCUUAUAUGUAAUAGAGAGUUAACAAUGUGGUUUCCAACAAACCUGUUAUAUCAUCUGUAAAAUUAUGUGUACUCUAGCCAGUUCUAAUCCAAAAAUAUUAGCUCUCUGAAGCUAAAAUAAUGAUUGGGACAUCUAGUGUGUUUGGUAACUACUCUGUUAUUAUAAUACAUAUGUUAUUGUAUUUUGAUGCACUGUAAUAUGUCAUAUAUUGUGUCAAUCCCUUGUUUCAGAAAGUAACAUUUUGAAAGUGUUUUGACACUGAUGCUCAGUCAUGUACUUAUCAGCAUUUGAAAAUGUUCUAUUGGCCUCAAACUGGCGAGUUGUGUUUACACAAUGAAUAAAAUGUUAUAGAUAAGGUAACAUGUUUGAUGGAAACAAUAUUGUUAACUGUCAAUAAAUUUAUU